GAAAACAACUGACCCCACGUCUCGCUCCUUUUUCCUUAACUGAAACCGUUUUAUCAUUACCCUUUUUUUAUUUUUUUUUUAUUUUUUAUUUUUCUUAGCAAAGUUUUUCCUUAACACGAAAUCGUUAUUAUUAUUAUUUUUUACUUCUUUUAAUUCUCUUUAUUAUUCGUUUUCUCUUUCCCACUUAGUUUCAAAAUCACGAAACUGCCAUCGCCGGUGAAACUCCACUCCGGUAACCGUUUUUGCCUCUCCGUUCAUUCUCCGGCGACUCUAAUUCGAAUUCAAAUCGUUGUUUCGAGAAGAAGGUGAUUCGAUCACUGGUUUAUUUAUUGAUUAAUUUAAUUAUUUUAGGGUUUUUAUUUAUGGAUUCGUUGUUUAAUUUCAAUUUUCAAGUUGUUUUUAUCUGAUCGGAGGAAGUUUUAUUAUCAGUAAUCGGUGUUAAUUAUUGCAUUGGAAUUGAGUUAAUUAGGUUUUUUAUUAAUUAAUUUUCCUUUUUUAAGCGUUUUUUCUCUAAUUUUGUUAUGGAUCUUCAUUUAUGAUUUACUUUGUUUAUGCUUUGUUAAUUAUCACAUUAUGCUUGAAUAAUUUAGGUUUCUAUUUCUGAUUGAGUUUUGUGAUCUAAAUUAUACGGUUUUUCAAUUAUUUGGUUUCUGAAGGUGGUUUUGAUAAUACAAUUGAAUUGUGAAAAUUUGAGAAAUACAUGAACCUGGGAAUGAAAUUCAAUGAACUUUACUGUAUAGUACUUGAUUCUGUGCAGUAACACUCUAGCUUGUCGAGAGACAUAAAUCUGUGUGAAUCUUGGCAUUUGUCAUGGAUCUCUGUUCUGAACCCUAUGUUUUGUUUCUUUUCAAUCAGUUUUUCAGCUUAAUAAUUUUUCAUGGAUUUCAGCAAUAUUCUUCUUACUGUACUAGUGAUAAGUUUUAAAUAUCCGUGUAGAGGUUAUGUUGCGGAUUUCCCGAUUUUGGUCGGUAUACAUGUUGCGAUGUUGGUUGUAGUUUUCGCAGUCUGAAUUAACUACAAUUUGUUUUUUGUAUCAGUAAAACGGUAAAUAAUGAUAUCGGUAUCAGAACAUGUCGAUACCAUUUUGUGGCAAUCUUUUUUUUCUUUUUCUGCAAGUAGUCAAAAAUGGAAAUGACUACUCUCCAUAACUCUUUCUAUUUUUUAUUAUUUUCUUUUUUGUUGUUGUAGAAAAUGGUCUCUGAAUCAUGUUAGGUUUACACAAAUUGUUUUUAUGGCGAUGGUGGACAAUGAUCAUCACUGCACGUGAUCUCUUUGUCUAUGCCCAUUUCCCAAACUACAAUAACACUAUCAAGUUCAAACUUCCAUCUUCAAUUAAAUUAAGAAAAUAAUAUAAAAUAUUAUGCUGUAUAGAAUACAAACAAAAUAUAUAAUUAAUUGGCUCUAUUGAAUAUAAUAUUCUGUUUGCAAAUUUGGAAGAGGGUGUUUAGUUAUACUACAAAGCAGUUACUAUAUAUAUGAUAAUUAUUAUCUUGUGGUUCUUUUUAAUUCAUCUAAGGUAAAAGUUACACAUUGACUUCAUUGCAAUUUAAUUGUGUUAUGAGUUAUGACUGUUUGGUUUGAUUUGGGGAAGAAAACGGGAGUGUUAUAGGAAAGAUUAGUUACUUUAUUUUUAGGCCUGCAAUGCAAGUUAUGGUAUCACUUUCACUGAAUUCCCUUUCAUGAAAAUGAGUUGAGAGAGAAGAAGAAAUAGGACAGAGUGUGUUUGUGUGGAGUAAACUUAUUGCCAGCCCAUAGACCAUGGCAUUCCCGUGAGAGAGACAAAAGGGGAAAAAUUAAAGUCUUUCUAACCCUAUGUAUUUCCUCUUUCUUAUCCCUAUACUCUUUAUUAUUCUGUUUUACAUCCCAGUAUCCCUAAUUUCCAAGGGGACCCCCCCUUCCCCUGCAAAUCAACUUUUUUGUUUUGUUUUUAAUCUUCAGUUAAACCCAAACCAACGUUUAAUGAUAAAAAAACGUUAAAUGUACGUUGAGACAUUUUCCGCGAGUUUCUCUCAUCCAUUACACCAGAUGUUGUUUUCCCUCUCCAUAUUCUUCCUGCCGUGUCCUGAUCUUGUUGGAUUCGGGAUUUUUUUCAUGAACAAAACAUACCCACUUGAUUUUAUUACCUGUGAUUCUCAAAUUCCUUCUCCAUCAGAUCUGAGUCUCUGUAAAGAUAUUUAUUGCAGGGAAAAGGAUCUUCUUUCUGGAUAAUCUGCGCUGGUCAUUUAUUCCAUUUGACUGCCAAAGUUGAUAUAUUUGGCUUAGUUUAAUGAAAACUUCCAUCGAUGUGGUCUGAUUGGGAUAGAGUGGAUGGAUGUAUGUGAAUCAGAGCAAGCAUUACGGAAACACAGAACUGGGAGUCCAAGACACCCUUUGGCCCCAGCUGAAAAGAACAAUGCAAUCACUACAAGGCGGUCCGGAACUAGGGAAGUUAGUUCAAGGUAUAAGUCACCUACUCCGGCAUCUCCAUCUGGUCCCCGUCGAUGCCCAUCUCCAUCUGGUCCUCGUCGAUGUCCAUCUCCAUCUCCAAACAGCUUCACAAGAACAACUGCAUCAUCUAAAUUGUUACCUAAGAGAGCUCAAUCAGCUGAGAGGAACCGGCCUGCAACCCCUCCUUCUCCAACAAGUCCUUCUACGCCUGUCCACGACGAUGUGCAUUUGUCCAAAAGGGCCGCUAGUAGCCGUUUGCCAGAGACUCUAUGGCCUUCCACAAUGCGAAGUUUGAGUGUUUCUUUUCAGUCAGAUACCAUUUCGAUACCUGUGAGUAAAAAAGAGAGGCCUGUUACUAGUGCUUCUGAUCGUACUCUACGGCCAAAUUCAAACGUGGCACACAAGCAGGUUGAAACAAAAAAUACACGUAAGCCUACGCCGGAGAGAAGGAGGAGUCCUCUUAAAGGAAAGAAUGCCUCUGAUCAAUCUGAGAACUCAAAGCCAGUUGAUGGUUUGCAUUCUCGGUUGAUAGAUCAGCAUCGGUGGCCAGGUAGAAUGGGUGGGAAGGUAUCUUCUAAUCCCUUAAAUAGAAGUGUUGAUCAUUCAGAUAAGAUAACCAGAAUGUUGAACAGUUCUGUUCCAGGAACUGGUGUACCUUCACUUAGAAGAUUGUCGUUACCGGGUGAAGCAAGUAAGCCCUUGCAGAAAACUUCUACUGAUGUUGCAAGGCUAAUGUCUCUUGUUGAAAAUGGUAAAAUAGGAAGCGAGGUGAAAUCAUUUGAUGACAGCUUCCAUGUAUUAAGACCUCGCAAAUCUGUUUCUGCCACUUCAUCAGAUAAAACAGGAUUAGCAUUUACUGGAGUCAGAUCUCAAGCCUUGAUAUCUCCAAGGUCACGUCCCGCCUCACCUAGUAGGAGUACAACGGUAUCUCCUUCUAUUUCAAGAGGCGUCAGUCCAUCUCACUCAAGGCCAUCUACUCCUCCCAGAGGGGUUAGUCCAAGUCGAAUAAGGGCAACCAGUUCAUCCAACCAAUCCAACAAUUCAAUUUCCGUUCUUAGCUUUAUUGCCGAUUUUAAAAAAGGGAAAAAAGGUGCAGCCUACGUUGAAGAUGCUCACCAAUUAAGACUUCUCUAUAACAGAUACUUGCAAUGGAGAUUUGCCAAUGCAAGAGCGGAGGAUGCAUUUUAUGUCCAAAAUGCAAUUGUUGAGAAAACUUUGUAUAAUGUAUGGAGCAAUACCAUGUCUAUGUGGGAGUCAAUUACUAGGAAGAGAAUCUAUCUCCAGCAGCUGCAGCUUGAGCUGAAGCUAAAUUCUAUUAUGAAUAAUCAAAUGACCUACCUUGAUGACUGGGCUACUCUUGAAAGCAAUCAUGUUGAUGCUCUGUCUGGGGCUGUAGAAGACUUGGAGGCAAACACUCUUCGUCUUCCACUAACUGGAGGGGCAAAGGCAGAUAUUGAGCACUUGAAGGUUGCUAUUUGUUCAGCUGUUGAUGUCAUGCAAGCUAUGGGAUCUGCAAUCCGCCCUUUGCUCUCACGGGUGGAAGCCAUGAAUAAUUUAAUUUCUGAAGUUGCUAUCGUAUCAGCACAAGAGAAAGCCAUGCUUGAUGAAUGUGAAGCGCUACUGGCUUUUUCAACAUCCAUGCAGGUUGAGGAAUAUAGCCUUCAAACGCAUCUGAUGCAAAUCAAGCAAGCUUUGGAGGUAAAAAAGUAACCAAUCUCAGAAAUUUAGACACACACGAGCCUGACCUGCUACUACCGAGCUAACGAGAAAUAGUCUCUUGCGGCUGCACCCAAAGUGGUAGUAUUAGUAUGUAAAUUUUUUAAAUAGGUUUUUUUUUUUCUUCCUCUCUUCCCUCAUAUAUGCUGGAAUUUAAGUUCAAUUAUCAUCUUUUUCUUUCUAGUCAACACUGGUGACCAGAGCCUUCUUCCACUUGUAAUUUUGUAUCAGGCAAUUGAAAAGAAAAUGCAAAGCAAAGAAGCAAAAUAGUCCAUAUUUACAAUUUA